CAUCAUUGUUCACUCUUUCAGAUUUUUUUUUAUGAUUUUCUAAAAUAUGUGAAUAGAAUGGUUUUGGAAACAUUAUUGGCAUUGGUAUAUCUACCAUUUCACUAUCUCCCUCAAAUUUUUAUGACUGUGGCUCUACUGGUCAUUGUUCCUGCUUUAUUUGGUAGGGAAUGGGGAAUUCGAAGAGCUUAUGUAAAGUUACUAAUGAAGUUAUUUGACUGGACGACUAGAAGAAUCGACAGAGAAAAGGAUACUAAAUUUGUUCCAUCAAGUGCAGAAAAAAUCAUUGAUGCUGAAAAUCCGAUCACUGCAUUAGGCAGUCAAAAAGACAUGAUGGAAGAAAACUAUAAGUUUAGGUUGGAAGACAUAACAUUCUUUAUUAAGAGUGGAAUUGAAGCAGUUAUUGAUGAUGAAGUUACAAAACGUUUUAGAGCCGAGGAACUUCCAUCUUGGAAUUUGAUGACGCGUACCAACAUGAGAUAUCACUAUAUCAGCGUACGAUUGUCCAUCAUGUGGUUUCUUGGUUUGAUUUUGAGGUACUGUUUUCUUUUUCCGUUAAGAGUUACCAUGACAGUUAUUGGAUUACUCUGGAUGGCCGUUUCUAUGAUCCCACUCUCCAUGAUGACAGAUUCAAGUUUAAAGCGCAGGAUAGUUUAUUUUGCCAAUAUUGUUGCUUUUCGAAUUUGCUGCAGAGCUUUCUCUGCUGUGAUAACAUAUCACGAUGAGCAAUAUAUGCCAAAAUCUAGUGGUAUCUGUGUGGCGAAUCAUACUACAACUUUAGAUGUUUGUUUGUUGAUGCAACAUCGACCAUACGCAGUCUUGGGACAGAUUCAUGGUGGAUUUUUGGGUUAUUUUGAAAGGACAUUAUCAAAGUGUACAAAUCAUGUGUGGUUUGAGCGAUCGGAAGUUCGGGAGAGGAGCUUCGUUGUUCGACGAGUGAAAGAGCAUCUCGAUGAUCCAAAUAAUUACCCCAUUUUGCUCUUUCCUGAAGGGACCUGCAUCAACAAUACGUCUGUUAUGAUGUUCAAGAAAGGCACUUUCGAGAUACCUGCAACUAUAUUUCCAGUGGCAAUAAAAUAUAAUCCAUGGUUUGGAGAUGCUUUCUGGAACAGUAGCAAACAUAGCAUGCUUCAAUACCUUGCUGUUGUUAUGACAAGCUGGGCAAUAGUAGCAGACGUUUGGUAUUUACCAGCAAUGGAGAAACUACCUGACGAAGAUGCAUUGCAUUUUGCCGAAAGAGUGAAGUCAGUCAUUGCAAGGAAAGGUGGGUUAGUUGACUGUGAAUUUGAUGGCCAACUCAAGCGAGCGAUGAUAAAGUCGUCGUACAUGGAACAAAAUAGAAAAAUCUAUAGUGAUAUCUUGAAAAGAGAUAAAGAAGCUCCUUCCACAUCUCAGGAACAUGAUGACCAGUCGGAAUCAGUUUUCAAUGGAACUCCUCCAUUUAGCAUCGGUGGUACUGAAGUAAAGAAGUCUCGUCCAGAAGAUGAUGAAGAAGAAAUUAGCAAGGCUUCAGAGGAGAUUAUUCCAAGGAAAGAGGAAAACAAUAGUAAAUCAUCUUAACAAAUCGACUUGUUAAUCAUAGUUUAUUAAUUCCUCAGUUGUUAUACUGUGCUAAGCAGAUUGUCUGUGUGUUUCCAAUUAUUCUAUUGACAUUUUGGAAAUUGGCAGACAAAAUUUUUUGAAUUCAUUCAAUCCAAAUUUGGUAUUGCACACUGUCUAAAUAAAGCAGGAUCAACUACCUUUGAACUCCAUGAUAUCAUAAUCCAUCUUGACAUCUUUGUGUAAUAGACAAUUGUAAUUAUUCAUCUUGUAAAACUGGAAGUAGAGAACAAUUGCAAAAUGUGGGGUUAUAUUAUAAAUAUACUAAAUUAUGUGGUUCACCUUUAUUGCGUGAAAGGUUGAGUUUUCUACCUGCUAACUAACCACUUCUAUUAAUUUAAUAUCAAAUUAUACACUUUUCAUAAAAAUACCUUCCAAAUUUCUAAUACUGUUGAAUACCGUAAAUCUUGAUUUAUAGUUUUAUUUAAAUCAAUCACUAAUUUGUGCUUGAUUUGAUUGAUACAUUAGGACCAUUACAACAAGUCAUUGAUAUAUUUACCACACCAAACCAUGUUCAGUUAGAUAAGAGGUUCACACAAAUGGAGGCAAAAAUCUUACAUUUAAAGUGUGUUCUCAAGCUCUCACUUGGAGAAUUUCUGUCAUAAAAGCUUAUGCAAUUGAUUCAAUCUUUUGUAUGGUAGAAAUAAGUUUAUAUCUAAAGCAAUACUAAAGCUUUAUUAACUGCCUUAGAUUAGACCAGUAGGAAAUAGCUUUCUAAUCUGGAAUUCAAUGUACCCUUUUUUUAAUAUUUUGGAUGAAUGUAUCUUUUGUCAGGAUCAUGAUAAUGUCAAAUUUUCUUGGUGAAGUCUGGCAGAAGUUAUAUUUCAGUAAUUGACAUGGGGAAUAUAACUCAAUUUUUGUAAUAUCUUUUCUCAAUGUUCAUUGAAGUUGAUCACUAUUUGUAGAUGGAACAUAGGCACAUAAUUUAACUGGGGAUAUUUGGUCAUCCACCCUAGGUUAUGAAUAUUCAAGUGAUUGUUGUUCAUGUUAUUCCAUGAGCCCAUAUCAUCUGGUAAUUAUGUUUACUAUUUGAUGAUUAUUGCUUAUGACAAGGUGUAAUUAUGAAUUGCAUUAUUAUUUAUUUCUUUAAUCUGCCAAUAACACCUGCUUCCUAAUAACAAUGCUACGCCUUUUCAUUCCUAUUUUAUAUCUCUCUUGGAUGGUUUGAAUAGGUUAUUUUUUAAAUAGUGUGAACCUUUUAAAUUUUUUUGAAUUCUUAUUCUUCAAUUUAGUAGAAAGUUACUUAGCAAUGCUAGCCUUCGUGAGGAUUUCCUGUAAUCCUAGAUUCUGAGCAUUUUGUUUUCAAUAGGCCCCCUUGACUAUAUAAAGUUUAAUAUUGUAACAUGUUGGUUAAUGAGCUAUAUUAUAUAGAAUUGAUCCUGUUUAUAUGAUCAAGCUGUUAAUUGUCCAGAAUAUGUGUACAAAAAUAGCACUUUUUGAUUGCAAAAUAAUUUAGAGCUUUCUUGCCAAUUUAUUCAAAUUUUUAAUUUUAUGUAGGAAGCCAGGCUGUGGAAUAUGACAAUAUUUUAACUUCUGACUCUGGGCUGUAAAAAAAAAUUUUACUCUGAUUCUAGCCCUGAACUCGAAGAAAAGGAAAAUCUGGUCAUAUGCAAACCCUUCUUAAUAGACUGUUAAGAGCAUUCGGUGAAAUUAAUGUUUUUUAAAUUUAAUAGUUAUUACCAUUUGAUAUGUGUAACCCAGACAGAGGUUUGACUCCUGGGAGUUUUAACUUCAGUGAAAACAUGUUAAUAACUUCGACUCUGACCUCAAUGCCUAAGUAAGAAUUGGAGCUAGUUUUGCUCAUGUUUAACUGUUUAUGUUAUAUCAGCGGUGCUUGCGUUUUCAAUAUGAUUGCUUGCCUUUAGUGUGAUUGUUUCAUUCACUAAUUCUGCCACGAAUGUAAUUUCUGAAACCAUGACGAUUUACCAGGCUUUGCAGUUUGGUUAACAAGAUAUUGGAUAGUGCGGCAUCCAUUAUUAUUUUGAGUAAUAAAACUUGUAGUGAUAACAAAAUCAUAUAUCAAAAAGUGCACUUUUUUUGUUUUUGUUAUAAGUUGGUACGUGCAGCAAAUGUUUCUAGUUCGUCAUUGUUUCUUACUUUGCAUAUUGUCUUGUUUCAUUUCAAGUUUUCUCUGUAAAAUCAUUGCUACAAAUCGUCAUUUUGCCACUAUUGUACCAUCAACUAUAAUACUGUUGCUCAAAUCCGUUAUGAUUUCAUUAUUAUUGUUAUUAUUUUGUUCAAAAAUAUUUGCCUAAUUAGGCUCGGUGAUUUGCUUUAGUUUAACUCAUUAUAAAUUUAUAGACUGUUAAGACUGUUAUUCUUAUCUUAUCAGACCUCUAUCUUAAGAUAUUGAAUGUAUAUUUUGCUUGUAUUUUGAGUUUGGGUCAAGCAUGAGAGACAGACGUAACCCAGCUAUUGUGCUGCAUUUCCAGACCUAUUUCCAACUGAAUAAUUGGGAAAAUAACAUCCUGAAUAGAUAAAAUAUUUGUUCUUAAUAUUUUUUUUCAGACAACCCACACGUUAGUGACCAUUAGCUAUCCCAAAACUUAUUAUUCAAAAAAAUUUUCUUUCCUUAUUUGGAAAAUUAAUAGACUUACAAACUAAAAAAAAAUUUGUUUUGUGAAAGUGAAACCAUGUACGAUAUAGUAUACUUAUUACUUACUUACCUGAUUUAAUUGUAGUAAUUUUGAGUUUGUUUAACAAAGUUACACAUUUAUGAACUUUCAUUGAUUCGUUUCUAAUUCUUUUGUGCAAUGACAACACUCAG